UUGUGUGAGAUUACAGUUGUGCUUAUGUUCAAAGCUCUCAUUAGGCUUAACUCUUCGUUAUCAUCUCUUUUUCUGCGUGAGUUUUAGGCUCAUUACUUGUUGCAUUCUCACCUCUCUCACUCAUUGUUCGUGUUCGUGCUUUAAAGAUUUGGUGCAAUGGCUGUUUUGUAUGGUGUUGUGUGAUGAAUGCAGUUUAUAUGAAUCAUUUCGAUUCCCAUGUUUUGUCGUAGAAAAUACAUGCUGAUUUUGUCAUCCAUCGGCCUAUGUUGCAGCUGAUUUGGUUCGAGUUUGGAUCCGAUAUUGAGCUGGGAUCAUGGCUUCAUCGCUCGUGAAGUUCAGCGAAAUGAAGAGGCUCGAGCCGAAGAAGUCUCACUCGUGGUGGUGGGAUAGCCAUGUUAGCACCAAGAACUCCAAGUGGCUACAAGAAAAUCUCCAAGACAUGGAUGUUAAUGUGAAGAGGAUGUUGAAACUGAUAGAAGAGGAUGCCGAUUCUUUCGCAAAGAAAGCCGAACUGUAUUUCAAGAAACGCCCCGAGUUGGUGAGCCUCGUUGAGGAGUUUUAUCGGAUGUAUCGUGCAUUGGCUGAGCAGUACGAUCAUGUCAUGGGCGAGCUCAAGAAAAACGUCCCCUCGGAUCUCCACUCUCAGGGCUCCGGGGUUUCUGAUGUCGGUUCCGAGCCACAUUCCACCAGACCCUCCCCUGCUCGCACAAAAUCCGGUCCUCGUGCUGCUGGAUUCGACUUCUUUCUCGGGAGCAACGGGAGUGGCUCAGACCUGAAUAGCAAGGAAGGAGAUGAAUCCUCAACGCUGGAUUCUGAGUCGGAUGACUCCUCGGUUAAUAACUAUGGCACGAGCAACGGUGAGGAGGCAGGGUCGCAUAGGAGGGUCGUCGAGCUUGAAGCUGAGGUGAAGGAGAAACUACUCGGCUUGCAGACAGAAGAGAUCCCCGUUGGUUCGAAGCAAUGUAGCCACGAGUGCUCCGGAUUCAACCUAGCGAAAUUAGCAGCAUACGAAGACGAGUUGAGAGUUGCGAAAGAGAAUAUGGAAGCCUCGAAGGAAGAGAUAACGCGUCUGAAGGCCGAGCUUCAGAAGUACGAAUCGAGCAUGGUGCUGGAGCAAGAUCAGGCAACAAAGCUGCAAGAAAACAUCGGUAGCUCGGAUGGCGAAAUGGGAUUGGAGCAUAAGACUCAGAGGCUCACGAGCAAGAACUCGUUCACGCAGAAUCUGUGUGAUCAGCUGAAAUCGGCGCAGAAGGAUGUCGCUGUGUGGAAAAACAAAGUCGAGAGAGAGAAACGUGAUGCUGCAAGGCUGCAGGACCGCGUGAUGAGGUACAAGACGAAUCUCUCGGAGCGUGAUCGAGAAAUCCGGGGUUUGAGGGAGACGAUAGGCAACGCGAACAAGGCCUUAGCCGAAGAAAACGAGCACCUUCAAGCAGAGAUGGCGAGGAUAGCGAAAGAGCGCGCGUAUUUGGAGGAUAGCCUCAAGGAGAUCGAUCUUCGAUGCCAGUUGUUGGAAGAGGACGUGAGGCGAGUGAAGUUGGCCAAAGACGAGUCGGAGGCCGUGUUUGGAGCUCAGAUCGAGCAGCUGAAGGCUGAAAUUACCGAGAGAGACGACUGCAUUGAAGAGCUCGAUAGAAAUCUAGAGAAGUGGAAGGUGAAACACGAGGUGUUGGCGGCUGCCAGAGACGAACUUAACGCCAAGAUCGCUGCACUUGGUGCUGAGAUCAGCUCGAGAGACGACCAUCCGCACCAGCUGCAUCAGCAGCAUGUUCAACUGAUUGUUAGCGCGGAGGAAGCCCGUAAAUCUGCGGAGGAGCUGCGCUUGAGAGUCGUGGAGCUCGAGAUCGACGUGAAAAGGAAGCAAGAGUCGAUUAUUGAAGGAGCGGAGGAGAAACGGGAGGCGAUAAGGCAACUCUGCUUCUCGAUCGAGCACUAUCGCAGCGGAUAUCACCAGCUUCAACAGGCAGUCUUUGGGCAGCAGCAGCCGGCGGUGAAGGCGAGAUGAGGGCGUUGAUGUGACGUCGUUUUGC